CUUCUACACUCGUUCACAUGACAGACGUACUUCCCAUUACCGUAAUUUUUCAACACGAUUUCUCGUCUCUAUUGUUCCGAAACGUUUCUAAUUUGCGAAAAACUUCUUCCAGGACCUCCUAGACAUGCUGUCACUCCUUGAAAUGACUUUUAGCCUCCUCUUCUCCCACCUCUACUAAAUGCUUACCCAUGAUGAAGAUGUGUACAAUUGCCCAAAUAGAGUACUUCCAUUCAUACCGGCCCUUUAGCGCACCAGCGAAGACCCUGACCUGUUGUAGCUCUGAAUCUCCACGACGACCCCAGACACGACGACCCAAUUUCUACUACUCAGUGGCCACCUCCUGCUAGAUUGGACAAUUCUCGGCUGUUCAUCUCAGACAAUAUUAUUAAAGCAUGGAAGUUCUGAAGAAGUGUUGCGGGGGAAAGAAGGCGAAAAAAGCGGUGAUCAAGGCCGCGAAAGGCGGGUAUGUGAAGGACCCAAACGAUUUCCGCAAUCAGGUGCAGGGGGUGCGGCGGUUUUUCCCGGAGUUCACGGACCCGGGAAAAUUGAAAAAAGUGAAAUUCCACGUCGACGAGGAGACGGGGAAGAAGAAAUACUUUAUCGAGGACCCGCAGGAGGGCCGACUGUUUAUCACGCGGGACAACGACGGCCGACGCGUGUACUACAUCGACACCUUCCUCGAGGUGCUCACGCACGCACACGACCGAGUGUACGUCACCUGGGACGCGGACGGGCAAAAGUUGCACUACGUAGAGGAUCACGACCACGGGAAGGUGUACAUAGAGCAGGACGUGUUCGGGCACCCUCUGCUGUGGGUGCACGACAUCCACGACGACCUCGCGGAGCUGGUGUUCCUCCACCUCCCGGAGGGGGAGGAUCUCCCGCACUACUUUUGCCACCCGAUCGCGGUGUCCGACGAGGUGUAUUUCAACAGCGGGUUCCAGCGGGUGGGCCACUUCCAGAUCUUUUGGGGGCUGAAGGGGGACAAGCAGUUUUACGUGGCCGACGAGAUGGAGAACACCACGCACAUGCGCCGGGUGAUCUACGACCGCUACUACGAGCACUGGCGGUUUUUCCGGCCCGCCGACCGGGAUACCACUUUGUACGGAACCGACCCGCACUCGCGGGAGCACGACGACGCGGAGGGCAGUUCUGCCGCGGCCUCGGACGACGGGCCGAUCGACAUAAAUGACCUGUUCGCGGGCGAGGCGACCAGUCACCACCCGCUGCGCAGCCAGUUCGAGCACCAGCGGACGCUGGCCUCGGGGUCCCAGCUGUUCCCAGACGCGGAGGAGGAGUCAAAAUCCGACCCGGACUCAGCCGCAAGCUACAAGGUGGACGCCGAACAAGCGUAGCGAAGACUAGACAUGGGGAGUAAUGUCUUGAUAGAUACGACGAGCUAAUAUGGGAACACGAACAGCGGAUCUGAUGUUAACAUCCGUAGUUCUUUCGCUUUUCUUGGUCAGGUAACUUGUACUUACUCCGCUGGAACUGCGGCUUCCGUUGUCGACGUGUGGUCGAUGCGCGCCUAGAACGACCUUUGUAGCUCCCCGUAGUGAAGAAGAAAUAGGUUGAUUAGAAAACUUCUGCUCUGAGCAGGUUCUUAUUGAUACUUUGAGUCGGAAAAACAUUUAAAGUGCUCCUGAUCAGCUUGCGCGCUGCGGCAUUACAGGUAGGCUGUUUAUUUCCGGAAUAAUCAUCGGGUUCGCGAUAAUUUCAUGAACCACGCAUCAGAAGCGCAAAGAACGAACUACACACGUCUCUCUCGGUCAACAUCAAUCAAGAGGCGGAAGCUUUGCCAACGUUCUAUCGUAUCUGUACUUCGCGUAGUUUCUACUCAUAAAGGACUAGUAUCGUUUUGUAGAAGACAUCGCCACAUGGAAUCGUACGGCGCGCACUGAUGUGAGCGAGAAA